AUGCUGCCUCAGACAUCUCAACUUCCAAAGUGUACUCCUGUAUUUGGACGAUGUCAUUGGACUUAUCAAGAGCAUCUGGAUCACUUGAAGGAGGUGUUUCAAGUCCUGAUACAGCACAGGUUAAAGAUCAAGCCAUCCAAAUGCCAUUUGUUGGAGCCACGAGUCCACUAUCUGGGGCAUGUCGUCAGUGCAGAGGGUGUUCAGCCUGACCCCGAAAAAGUGAGGGUAGUGAAGGACUGGCCUACACCCCGCACGGUGCGAGACAUCAAAAGCUUCCUGGGGUUUGCUGGCUAUUACCGGCGCUUCAUCCCUCACUUCGCACAAAUUGCUGGACCCCUUACAGCUCUUCUCCGGGGUACCGCAAAGGAGAACUGCAAUGGACGACUCCCGAUCCAGUGGGCUGAAAAACAAGAAAUGGCGUUCCAGGCUCUGAAAUACCUCCUCACCGAGCCGCCCAUCCUGGCGGAUCCUGGCUAUCGUCAGCCUUUUCAGGCUGCACACCGACGCCAGCUUUGA